GCAAAUAUUCCCGCUUAAAUCUUUGGGGAAAGGUGGCGUCGGUUAACUCGCGAAGGAUUGCUCAUUGUUUUUGUAUGAAUUCAUUGUGAAAUUGUGAUGUUCCUGUUUUGAAUUGAAAGAAAAUUACGAUGUAUUCCCGAAGGACUUCACUCAAAACGCCGACAGAUUUUCGGUUUCCAUUCGAGCCUUAUGGAAUCCAACAAAACCUGAUGGAAUCCCUUUACGAAGUGAUCGAGAAUGGACACAUUGGGAUCUUUGAGAGUCCCACUGGGACGGGGAAAUCCUUGACUCUGACGUGUGGUGCCCUGAAGUGGCUUGAGGAUCAUAACAAUCUCCUGAAAAGUGAAUUGAAUCAGCGAAUAAAUGAGGUUUCGAAAGAGAUUGAAGAAUUGGAAUUGGAGGCGUCAGGAUGCCAGGAUUGGAUACAAGCGCAGUUCGGUUCUAUACAGAAAAAGGACGAGGUGAAUGCUUUGAAGAAAUCUAAGAAUUUGCUGGAAGAGUAUGAGGAGAAGAUAAAGGAAUUGAGGGAAAGGAGGACGAGGGUGAAGCUGAAGGAUUUGGCGAAAGGGAGGAAGCAAGGGGCAACUGUGGUUGAAGAGGAAGGGGUUCCUGAUGAAGACUUGGCUUUGGGGGACUAUGAAACUGAUAAACCUGAACAAGAUGAUUUGGAAAAUGAGAAGGAUCAAUACAAAGAUGUUAAGAUCUACUUUUGCAGUCGUACCCACUCUCAACUUGCGCAAAUCGCACGUGAAAUCAAACGUACCGACUACGCCAAGGAUACGCGUUGCAUAUCACUUGCUUCGCGCCAGAAUCUCUGCAUAAAUCCAAGCGUAACAAAACUCCAGUCAUCAGCCUUGAUUAACGAACGUUGCCUGGACAUGCAGAAAUCACAAUCGCGCACCACAUCAUCCGAUACAGACGGCAGACCGCAGAAAAAGUCACGAACUAGCCAACAAGCUCGAUGUCCUUACAAAGCCCAACUUGCGGUGGAAGAGCUACGCGAUGCCUCUUUGGUGGAAAUUGCUGACAUUGAAGACUUAGUUUCGGCUGGAGAGGCCUUGAAAGCUUGCCCUUACUAUUCCAGCCGGAGUGCCGUCAAGGAUGCUCAAAUCGUGCUGUUGCCAUAUCAAAUGCUGCUCCAUAGGAAAACAAGAAUUCAAACAGGGAUUGAACUAGAAAACAGCGUCGUAAUAAUCGAUGAAGCCCACAAUCUCUUGGACACAAUGUCUGAUAUCUACAGUAGUCAAAUAAGUCUUGCCCAACUACAACUCGCCCAGCAGCAGCUCGUGGGCUACAAAACGAAAUAUUGCUCUCGCUUCAACGCCACGAAUCUCCUCAAGAUCAAUCAAUUGAUCUUCAUCACAAAACGACUGAUAAAGCUUCUCACCCCUUCUGAUACAACUUGCUCCUCCCGAAUGCUGCGGACGCAUGAGCUAAUGUCUGAAGGAGAAUUCUUCAACAUUGACCUAUUCCAAAUCCUUGAAUUCGCGGAGCAAACUCGUCUAGCGCAGAAAGUCCAAGGCCAUGCACAACGUGAAGAACAACGAAAGCCGAUCAUCGAGAAGGAGAAUGAGCUAUCGAGUCAGAAAGGCUUGACGGGACUGUUGAGGAGGCUGGAGGAGGAACAGUUGCAGAAGAAGCUGCCGAAAAGUAAGAGGCAGGAAAUUCAGGCUGAAAGUGACGCGAAGGAGGAAGAGAAGAAACCAGUUCGAACGGAGGCGAUUCCGUCGGUUAUUCGGCCUUUGUUGGCCUUUUUGGAAUGCUUAACCGAAUGCAGUGAUGACGGACAGGUUUUAAUGCAUUUUGACUCAGAUCCGAAGAAGUCGGGAAUGAAGUUUUUGCUGCUGAAUCCAAGUGGACAUUUCAAUGAAUUGGUGCGGAAAUGCAGAGCGGUGAUUAUUGCGGGUGGAACAAUGAGACCUACAGGUGAAUUAGUUGAUCAACUAUUCCGGUCCUGCCCAGAGCGCGUAAAAGAAUACUUUUACGAUCAUGUUGUUCCUGCCGAAGCAGUUCUCCCGUUCACGGUCUGCAGAGGACCAACAGGCAAAAAAUUCAAUUUUAGCUUCACUAACCGGAAUAACACAGAAAUGAUCCUAGAACUCGGUAUGACUCUUCAAAACAUCUGCAAUGUAGUCCCAGCCGGAGUGAUAUGUUUUUUCUCAUCAUAUGAUUAUUUAGAGCAAGUAUACAAGCUAUUGGUGGAAAAGCAAGUGAUUGCGAAUAUUGAGAAGAAGAAAUAUGUCUUCCGUGAACCUCGUGCUGCAGGCCAGCAAGUUGAGAGGAUUUUAGGGGAAUAUGCAGUUGCAAUUGCCGACACAAGACGACAAGGGGCCAUUUUAUUUAGCGUUGUCGGCGGGAAGUUAAGUGAAGGUUUGAAUUUUGCCGAUGACUUGGGACGUUGUGUCGUAGUUGUGGGAAUGCCAUAUCCGAACAAAAAUACUCCUGAGCUGCAGGAGAAAAUGAGGUAUUUAGAAAAUACAUUAAUGUCAGGCGCUGGCGCAGAAUAUUAUGACAAUUUAUGUAUGAAGGCUGUGAAUCAAUGCAUAGGUCGUUCUGUCCGGCAUAUAAAUGACUAUGCAACCGUUCUAUUGGUCGAUGAGCGGUAUAAUAGUGAUCGGGUUCGUAACAAACUGCCACAAUGGAUAUCACGAAAUUUGAAAACACCACCCAUGUUUGGAAUGAUUCAAGGAGCAGUGGCGAAGUUUUUCCGUGAUAGGAGGAAAACGUAGAAUAAGAUCUUGAUCCGGGAAUAUUGAAAAAUGGCAACCCAUUUAGUGAAUUUCUUCGUUUAUCCCAAAUUUAUAUAAUAUUUUCA